UUGGAAUUGGCCGGUGGCGUCGACAGAUUGAAUUCCGAGCCCUGUUUGGUUGCCAUUUCCAAAGAGCCUGCGGAAUCACGCAAGUUGUCACGCCUGACUCUUCCCAGCCUGACACCAUCCCCUUUCAUGAUGGUUCCUGUACGUGGUGGAAUGUGUCCUGUACAACGCCAUGCGAUGAAAAAGCAACGUAUUCUUCCCGUAUUACGCAGCCGGAAAAAUAGGCAGAAAGCAAUCCAAGUCCUAAAAUGGUUCGAAAAGAGAUUGCCCAAUGAGACGGAAGACGAAGCAGGCAAAAUAGCUGAAGAGUUCAGGAAAUUAGCUCGCGACGUCGGCGAUUUCUAUGAUCGUUUUCAAACCAAGACCUCAAAUGUUUCUAUUCCUUCUAUUCUGAAGAAUACAAUUGAAGGAUGCUCUGAGGAGAUUAGGGCCAAAUUAGGGUUCCUGUGUGCCGCGAUAGGGGCUGGCUGCUUGCUUCCUGGUGCUACUUCUUUCUUCGAGUCAUCCGGGGAUCCCCAAGUCAAGAUAGCUGGGUCGCUGUCCGCAAA